UCUCUCGCUACAGACCUUUGCUUACUACAUAACAAGCUGCAGUCAUCCUUAUGAAACGCAAAUACUGGACUGUGUCCACUGUUAGGGCGACUAAAGAGCCAAUUGUGUAGAGAAGCUGCGCGUAUUAAAAUGUCCUUUUACAGGAAUACUGUGUGGCUCGUCAAAGGACUCCAGGAGUAUACAAAGAGUGGCUAUGAAGCAGCAGCAAAGCAUUUUGUUCCAGCUGACCUGGAUGUAAACCUGAAUGGAAGGUCCUUCAUGGUGACAGGUGCCAACAGCGGGAUAGGGAAAGCUGCAGCGCAGGAAAUCGCUAAGAGAGGGGGAACGGUUCACAUGGUGUGUCGAAACAAGGGGCGAGCAGAAGCAGCCAAAGGUGAAAUUGUUGAAAGCAGUAAAAAUGAGAAUGUUCACGUCCACAUUGUUGACAUGUCGAGCGCCAGGCAAGUGUGGGAGUUUGCGCAGAGCUUCUCGCAGAACAACACACUGCAUGUGUUGAUCAACAAUGCGGGCUGUAUGGUCAACCAGAGAGAACUAACUGAGGAGGGUUUGGAGAAGAACUUUGCCACAAAUACGUUGGGUACAUACAUCCUCACCACUGCACUGAUACCUGCACUGAAGAAGGUCGAAGACCCCAGAGUGAUUACUGUGUCUUCAGGUGGCAUGCUCACACAGAAAUUGGACGUGGACGACCUCCAAUUUGAGAAGGGGACAUUUGACGGGACCAUGGCCUAUGCUCAGAAUAAAAGGCAGCAGGUGAUCCUGACAGAAAGAUGGGCUGCUCAGCACAAAGAGAUCCACUUCUCCAGCAUGCAUCCUGGCUGGGCAGACACACCAGCGGUCCAGACCUCCAUGCCUUCAUUCCACGCUAGGAUGAAGUCCAAGCUGAGGACGGAGGCCAUGGGAGCUGACACCGUGGUGUGGCUCGCCGUAUCCGCAGCAGCUGCCAAGCAACCGAGCGGGCUCUUCUUUCAAGAUCGUAAAGGAGUGGCGACACACUUGCCCCUCGCCGCCUCCCGGUCAACACCGCAAGAGGAGGAGAAGCUUCUGGCAGCGCUGGAGGAGUUUGCCCAAAAGUUCAAACCUUAAUACCUCAAAAA